AUGGCCCCUCAGGAUGAUCCUUAUCGGUACACCCCUCUCAAACCCAAUCAACAGGGAAUUCGGCUUGUGCGUAUCGCAAAAGAGCCUCAGACAGACCCAAUACAGCCUGCUACUGUCGCCGCUGUCUCGGACAACAUCGGCACUGCGGUCCCAGCGGGAUUGAGGUCCUUGUCAAUCGGGUUGGAAACAUUCUCGUUGGCAACAGCUCCGCCUUACAUAGCCUUGUCCUAUGUUUGGGGGUCGCCAGAGCGCUCACAUGCAGUAUCCUGCUGUGGCAAGGUCCUAUUUGUGACUGCGAACCUCGAAGCGGCUUUAUGCGCACUCGCGAUCCGAGACCAUUGGAUUUGGGUAGAUGCAAUUUGCAUCAACCAGGAUCAUAUUGCGGAGCGCAAUUCUCAAUUACGGCUGAUGCGGAACAUAUUUGGCUCAGCAAUGGAGGUAGUUGUGUACCUUGGAGACUCGUCUGUGACUCAGGGAGAAGCGAUCAAAACCACGCUACAUACCCUGAAGGAGGACUUGCACAAGAAAGACAAAGAACAGAAACGGCAAGACGAUGUUGUCAAUCUCGGGAUGUUGCCUGUGCAAACCGCUUCUACAUUGGUCGAUCUUAUGCACCGCCCUUGGUUUACGCGGGCUUGGGUCAUUUCGGAGGUUGUUUUGAACCGGCACGUUCGGUUCUUGUAUGGAAGCACCGAGUUUGUCAUUGACGACCUACUCGAGUGCCUUCCUAGCAUUCAGAGCGUCACUUCAGCCCUGAUGGACUCCACUGCACCGAGCGGAUGUGUGAGGUCGAGUUUUCGAUCCACGGUGCGCACCAGGCUACACCUGGACUCCAUUCGCCAGCUCAGGGCUUCUCUAUGCUCACAGGAGGCGAUCCCAUUGUACCGGGCCUUGGGUUGUGGUCGAAGUGCGACGGUGUCUGAUCCCCGAGACAAGGUGUAUGCCUUCAUGAGCAUUGUGGACAACGAUGUCAUUGACGUGCUCACACCCGACUACUCGCCGUCGAAUAGCGCGGAAGAUGUUUACCUUGGACUCGCCCACUACUCCUUGACGCAGCCGGAUAUGGCAAUUGAUAUGCUUCGACAUGCCGGUCACCAACGAGAGACCCUACCUUCAUGGGCGCCGGAUAUGUCUGAAUAUCUGCGCCAUCCCUUUCCCAAAGACGGUGGCUACCAUUGUAGUGCGGGAUCCAAGCCCAAUCUUCGACAAGUAAGGGGUGAUCCCAGAAGCUUGCUUGUUCGAGGUGCAGUCGUCGAUGUCAUCCGUGAGGUCCUGGAGCCCUGCACCUUUUCGUUCCAUGAUGACGCUGCUUAUUUCUCCGAGAGGCCAGGGACGAAGCAUGGCGCGGAUUUGUUCCUUGCUUGCGCGCGCCUACACUCCUUCCUGCAUUGCAAAGCUCAAGAGUACUUCCGAGACAAAGACUAUCCCACCAAGGAGCGCCUGGAGGAUGUGAUACGGCGGACGAUGACUGCAGACUCAACCGGCAGACUGGAUUGGACUGUGUACCAGGCAUUCUACAAAUUUUGGAAACCUCCCGAGGAUUAUGGCGGCCUAGCUAAUAUGAUAGAAGAACCCAGUAAGCUUUUUACAGAAGCUGACGCUUAUAUGCAAGCAGUCGCCCUGAUUCAGCAAGGCCGUCGAAUUGCAUUCACCGAAGGUUCAUACAUGGCCACGGUCCCAGAUUUUGCAGAGGAGGGCGAUGUUAUCGUCAUAGCCUUGGGCGCUCCGAUGCCACUUGUGUUGCGACCCUCUCACGAUGGAUCGGCUUCGAGAGUCGUUGGCGAAGCAUAUGUUCAUGGAAUCAUGAAUGCAGAGCUGGUGCAUCGUGACGACCAAAGCGGAGGGUUCAGGAUUGACGGUGGUGAGGUAUUCGACAUCCUGGUUGUUUAA